GACUGUAGAGUAGAAUGUACAGAGCAGUCAGUAGUUAUUCCUCCUUUAAGUUGCUUUACAGAAGAAAGAUAAUGUGACAGUCUGUUAAAUGUCAACCCUGGAUAUCCGAUUAUAGGCCUAACGAUUUCGCUACUGACUCGAUAAAUAUCUGCAUUGAAAAUAAUUUUGUGGGUCUGCAAUAAGGUGGAAAGAGCUGGAGAAACAGAAAGAGGAAAGGGCGGGAGAAGAGAGAGAGGAGCUGGAAGAGCAGGGAAAUAGAGGGAGGAGAGAGGAACAAAGAUUCUGGACUCUGGAAAAAUUAAGCCACUGUAAAUAGUAAAGAAAACUCCCAAUGCAGAGAUGAAGCCGAUUAAAAAGCAAGGAAGGCGCUCGCCCCCGUCGACCCGAGCCAAAGGGGGGAAGAGACGGGGGACAGGGGACAGUGGAGAGAAAAGAGACUCGGACGAGAACAGAGACCGAUCCCCCAAAAUUCAGACCUCACCCCAAACCUCAUCUCACUCAGAGUCUUCUCAGGAGGAGUCGGUGACACUCACAACGAUGGCCACGCCAGAGAGGGAGGGCCACAGAGAGGGGCCCCGGCUCCCAGAGACAGCGGCCGCAGCAGCAGGGUCCCUCCCUGUGAAGUCGGAGGACUCCCGCCCGGGGAGCGUCAAGUCGCUGAGCGCCCACAGCACAGACAGCAGCAGCAGCGCCACCAGCGCUGCCAACAGCCCCAACCCCUCAUCCAACCGCAAGACGGCCACCUUCAAGGCCCGCGUCCCCAAGAAGAAGUACACCUCUGAGCACUGUGCUGCCGCCGCCGCUGCUGCCGCCAACCACGGAAACCCCGGCAACACCGGCGCACCUCCACUGAACAGAAAUAGUGCUCACUGUGACAGUAACGCUGGAAGUCAGUUGUCGAGCUUAUCUUCGGGGCCCGGGUCGGCGGCGAGUGAGGGCGGUUCGCUCACUGACAUCAACAGUCAGACCAGGAGACCAGUGGAGGACUACAUUACCACUAUAGCUCCACCACAGGACAGGGAUAACACACCUGGACCCCCUCCCACAGGGGACAGAGACAGGAGAGGCCCAGAGGGAGGCAGAGAAAUCUCCCCCAGCCCUGUCCGCUGCUCCUCUACAGACACGGCCAGCGAACACGACCUGGACGUGAGCGAGCCACACCGCUCCAACUCUCACCACACCAACCCCACCACCGAAGCACACACCCUGGCCCUGGUGCAACGUAGCACCCAGCACACUCCGACCCCACAGAGCCUGUCGGACGCGCUCGCCGACGCCCUGGCCAAAGGUCUAAAGAACCAGCGGGUGCUAGCCAGGCAGGCUAGGAGGAGGACUGGAAAGGGGGAAGAGGAGAACGGAGGUGGGGGGAGGGAGAGCAUGGACUCAGUGUUCAGAGCGGGAGUGGUGCGGCGGGUGAGCGGCGAGCACGGCAGCCUGGAGGUGCAGCUGAACGGUGAGAAGGAGCUUUACCGCUACCCGUUCCGUGAGGGCGCCCAGGGACCCGUGGACAUUAUCAUGGACGCCCCGCCGCCCGGCUCCCAAGCCGUCCCCAUCGGCACCGCUGUGUGCGUGCCCUUCGGAGGUAACGAGGACGGCGGCACCACAGAGGCKCAGCGCCAGUGGUACCGAGAGGGCCUGGUCACCCAGGUGGACUCCCACCCGGCUGUGUCCUACCCCUAUAGAGUGUUGUUAGAGGACAGAGUGCCCCCAGGGGAUGAGGAGGGGGAUGGCAGGGUGGGCACUCCGACCGCUGUGUGGGUGUCCCGUCAGAGCCUCCGCCUGCUGGUGCCCCCCUGGGACCUGGACCUGGGACCCUGCGGAGGGGGGCGAGAGGAAAGCGAUGCCGCCGCCAAGAGAGGGCGAGAGAGGGAGAGAGAGAAAGAGGACAGGGARGAGAUAGAGGUGGAGCAGGAGCUGUGUCGCCUCAGCCGUGGGAUGGGGCUCAGCGCGACUGUGGCUGGGUCCGUGUUGGGGAGGCUUUCAUACCCUGGAACGGCCCCCGCCUCCUCGUCUUCCUCCACUGUCAGCUCCCCCGUCACCCCCGCCUCGGUGCUGAGUCUGGUGGCUGGAAGAGACUGGGAGCGAGAGAAGGACCUGGUGGAGAGAGAGCGGGAGCUCCAGAGGAAACAAGAGAGAGAUAACCGAGAGAGGGCCAAGCAGCACCACKACUUCAUGCCCCUGACCCCCGAGGAGGACAUAGAGGUGUCCCACUUCAGCAUGGUGCCCAUGGGGGCGGCGGGGGGGGCGGCCAAGGCCCUGGCGGUGUCCCAGCACAGGCACAUACUCUCCAAGCCGCCCCCGGGCUACCUCAGCCCCCACCUGUCCGUGGUCCGGAGCCUCGGCGGCACCCCGCUGGUGGGCCCCCACCUGGCCCUCAACCCCCACCCCCCUCCCUCCCCCACGGUGCUACUGGGGCUAGAGUCGGGAGCGCUGGCAGCGGGGGCGGCCGUCAUCGCCACCCCUCAGCUCCCUCCUCUGUCCUCCUCGUCCUCCCGUGGCUCCCUGGAUAAGCCACCCUCUUCAAACUCCAUCUCCCACGGUGCAUCUGGAGGGGGUGGAGGCUCGUGCUCGACGUCCUCGUCGCGCUCCCGCACCCCGCUCACGGCGGCCCAGCAGAAGUACAAGAAGGGCGACGUGGUGUGUACCCCCACGGGCAUCCGCAAGAAGUUCAACGGCAAGCAGUGGAGGAGGCUGUGCUCCAGAGAGGGCUGCUCUAAGGAGUCCCAGAGAAGAGGCUACUGCUCGCGUCAUCUCUCCAUGAGAACUAAAGAGAUGGAGGCCAGCGGAGGGGGCAGAGACCGGGGCGGGGCCAGCAGUACGGGCACCCUAACCCCGUCAGACCUGAGGCUGGGCUGCGGCCGGACCAGUUCAGAGUUCGACUGGGACAACACGUCGCGAGACAGCAGCGAAGCGAGCAGUAGGGGAGGGGAUUCACGCCCCCGCUUGGUCCUGCCCUCGCUCCUGCCCCAGGACUUAUCACGCUUCGACUUUGAUGAGUGCGAGGCGGCCACAAUGCUGGUAUCUCUGGGCAGCUCCCGCUCGGGCACGCCUUCCUUCUCUCCCAUCUCCAACCAGUCGCCCUUCUCGCCCACACCGUCGCCCUCGCCUUCCCCGCUUUUCGUGUUCCGACCGGCCACCUUCAGCCCCAUCACAGGCGCCGCCUUCGGCUCACCCCUCGCCGCCACCGCACCACCUGACGCCGGCCUAAGAUGGCUUCACGCCGGGCUCGGGCCAGGGCGAAGCGCCAACCUCGAUUACGCCAAGCCCGACCAGCAGUUAGGGGAGACUAUAGGCCUCACGCCCAGCCCGCCUUCAGGGCCCCAGAUCCCCGCCGCGUCGUGCCCACUUGCGAGAACUACCCCCGUCAAUUCGUGCGGAACCCCGACGUCCCCCUGGCCAACGUUCAACAGAGGACCCCUUGUGAGGAGGGAGGAGCGAGGCCGCUCCUCCAGAGAGCACAGCCAGCCCCUGCACCUGCCACCGGCCUCCAAGCAACCCGUGCCCAUCAACGCUCUGGAUCAGGAGGUAGAGAGGAGCAGAGGAAGUCCCGGCACGGGCACGCCAGGACCCUUGAGAGGGCAUUGCCCCAGCGGUAGCCCGCACAGGCCUCUCCAACCGCCCAUGCCUGCGCCCUCAUCCUUACCAGCGGUCCCUCCACCCUGCCACCCCCGCAAGGACAUCACAUUGGACCGGCCCCGGGACAGUAUUUUCCUUKCGAAUCUGCCUUUUCCUCCCACAGUAUGGACCAAUGUGGAGCCCCGUUCAGUGCCAGUGUUUCCUUGGCAUUCAUUGGUCCCUUUCCUGGAGCCCAGCCAAUCGAGUGCGGCUGCCCAGCCCGCUGAUGGCCAACAGCUUGUCAAUCAGAGCAAAGAGCCCCGUUGUGGGGUGGCCCUAGUGAGUGACGGAUGGGUGGGUCCACCAGACGCAGAGCAAGGGUCUCCAUCCCGCCCACCACCCUCCUCCAAAGACAACGACCCCCCAGCUGGAAGAGCAGAAAGAGGUGGAGCCGACAGRGAGACGGAGAGCGAUGCAGACGACCCGUUUUUUCCGGGUGUAGCCAAUGAUCCUGCCCCGUCUACGAGCCCUAUUAAGAGGCGCACUCAGUCCCUCAGCGCCCUUCCCAAAGAUGGAGACAGAAAGAGGGAAAAGGACCACAUUCGGCGGCCGAUGAACGCGUUCAUGAUUUUCAGCAAGCGUCACCGGGCGCUGGUUCACCAGAGGCACCCCAACCAGGACAACCGCACGGUCAGCAAGAUCCUGGGCGAGUGGUGGUACGCCCUGGGGCCCAAAGAGAAGCAGAAGUACCACGACCUCGCCUUCCAGGUGAAAGAGGCUCACUUCAAGGCCCACCCAGACUGGAAGUGGUGCAACAAGGACAGGAGGAAGUCUAUCUCUGAGGGCCGAGAGACCCCAGGGGCCAAAGAGGCACGCGAGAGGAGCAUGUCUGAGAGCACAGAGCCUGAGUCAGUCUCUCAGGGAAUGGAGGUGAAGGGUGCGGCAGGCCCGGACUGGCCUGGGGGCUCUGAGCGUCAUGCGGGGGCCUACAGUGGUCAGCUCCCUCGCCCCCGGGCCUUCUCCCAGAGUGCAGUACACAGCCUGGAGAAGAGGGAGCGGGCCAGAGAUGUGGAGAAGUUGUGUCGAGAAGGGGCAGGCUCAUUCCGCAGCCGCCCCCCUACUCUCUCCCUGACACAGUGUGGGGCCAGCGAGGACGUGACCAGCGACGAGGAGCGCAUGGUCAUCUGUGAGGAAGAGGGGGACGAUGAUGUCAUGGAGGACUCGUGCCCUGAGGGAUCCAUAGACCUCAAGUGUAAAGAGAGAGUGACUGACAGUGACGAGGAUGAGCCGGAUGGACAGCGAGCCUUCCAGCCAGUGGUCCGCUCCUCUCUCCCCUACGCCACCAGCACCUCCCACGCCGACUCUCACUCCGACUCUACCAAGGGGAACACAGGGGGGAGCACCGGAGAGAGCUCUGAGAGGAAGAGAAAACGAGGGAUGGAGGGAGGAGAAGAGGGAAGUGGAGAAUCCAAAAGAGGAGGUGGAGGGGGGCAGGUUCCCUCUAAUUCCAUCCCUGGAUCGGCGCCCUUCACCUCGACCCCCGCUCUGGGUUAUGGACUCACCCAGGUGCUCGGUGCAGUCCGGAUGGCCCCCACCAUGGUGACCAACGUGGUAUGCCCCAUCGCCAGCACGCCCAUCCCUAUCACCAGCAAGCCAAUGGAAGGCCCCAUCGCCCUCAGUGCCCUCCCUGGGGAGAAGAAAGCCACGCUUCUGAUUGGCGGACCGGGAGCAGUAGGCGGGCCUAUCWCAGCAGGGGGUGGGUACUUGUCCUCGUCCUCUCCCAAURCCGUGAGUGUGGGGCCGGGGGGGCUGCAGGUCACCAGUCUAGUGCUGGGAGGAGCUUUCCCCAACCAGUCUAUACAGCUCAUAGCCCCGCCUCAGCCUCUCUUAAGCCCCACCCACAGCACCCUGCCACUUCCCCUGCUGCAGCCCCAGUUCCUUCCUGCCGCCUCUCUCACCUCCGCUGGCGGUGCCAAGCCUGGCCUCACCCAGGUGCAGUACAUCCUGCCCAUCCUGUCUUCUGUCAGUGCCAACCCCAAGAGCCCCUCCCCCCAGCUAACCCAGCAGCCAACCGGCGUCCUCACGCUACCCUCCACUCKGCCCACCCAUGUCUCCCAGGCCAAUGGAAUACAUUCGGGGGCAGGAGUGGGAAUAAGAUAUGCCGCAGUGGGAGGGGUCAGUCCUGGAGCAAGAGUCCAAGCCCAGUCUCCAGUCUUGCAGAGCAAGAUGUUGGUUCCCAUGGCAACAGUGAGAACCGGCUCUACUCCUCCUCAGCCAAUCUCCCACGUGGCCCCUCCKCUUCCUGUGCAAAAUGGUGCUCUACCAGGAAACAAGAUCAUCCAGAUUGCCCCCAUGCCAAUGGUCCAGACAAAUGUCCACCCUGCUGGAGCAGUGCAUCCUGGGAGUCCCUUCCCUGUAUCCAUGGCAACAGCCACUGUGAUGACUCCGGGCAUCAAACCCCCUCAGACCGUGUUGCUGACCUCGCCUCCAACAAGGAUCACUUAUGUCCAAUCCAGCACUGGAGUGGUCUCCACGGCAACGGUCCAGGCCCCUCUUUCUCCAGGACCCGCCUACCUGCCGUCGUCCCUGACGACUCUGGGCUUCACCGCCAUUACUCCGGCCGGCCAAGCCCUGAUGCAGCCUCUCGUAGCGGGCCAACCGCCAUUGCUAGCUCCGGCCCUUUCCCCUGGAGCCCCGGGGACUGGACGUCAACUCCUCACCGCCAUCUACCCGGCCCCUAGCAUCACCCUAGCGUCAGGUGGGGUCGCCAUGACCUCCGUGCUCCCCAAUUUGGCUCAAGAAGUGUCCGGCCAAUCAUCACCCUCGGCUGUCGGCGUCCAGGGUUCAAAGGACGUUACCCGGUCACAUGAAGAGGGAAUGCCACACCUGACUGCAGAGUUGGAGCAAAAGUCACAGGUGGAGGGCCAGGCCCAACGGAAGAACAAGGCUCAGAUAAAGAAAGAGAGCAUAAAGAAAGAGAAUACGACYGAGGAUGUCGAGGCAUAUAGCAAACCAGGUGCUAACUCAAUGGCUAAGUCCAGCAGCAAUAUACCAACAGGGAGUGAAGAAGACAGUGGUCGAGCCAGCCACAUGAAAGAAGAGAAUACAGACGAUGACCGAGAUUAUGCCCGAGGGAAUGGAGAAAGGGAGAGGGAGAUAAAGAAGGAGAGUGGGACGCCUGAACCAGAGGAGUCCAGGGAGGCAGAGGAUUGGCCCCAUGAGGGCCACAACAAAGGGGCCAGUGGCAACGGGGGCCACAGCAAAGAGGCAGGACCGAGGGAACCUCUCCACCCUCCCACAGGACUGGACCCUCCGCCUCCCCCACAGACUGACAGGGACGCGCCCCCCUCAGCCAAGAAGACCAAAUUCCGCCCCCCGCCACUCAAAAAGCCCUCAGACGCCGUUGAAAAGGUCCUGUCGGGGUCCUAUUUCGAGGAGCGCUUUGCCGAGCUGCCAGAGUUCAGGCCAGAAGAGGUGCUGCCCUCUCCCACCCUCCAGAGUCUGGCCACCUCCCCCCGAGCCAUACUGGGCAGCUAUCGGAAGAAGAGGAGGAACUCCACAGACCUGGACUCGUCUGCAGAGGACCCCAGCUCUCCCAGGAGGAAGGCUGCCGCUCGGAGCCGUCUCUCCAGCUGCAGCUCGGAGCCCAACACACCAAAGAGCGAGGCCAAGUGCGAGGGGGACAUCUUCACCUUCGACAGAGCUGGUGCUGAGUCUGAGGAUGUCUUGGGGGAGAUGGACAAAGUGCCGUACUCCUCUCUCCGGAGGACUCUGGACCAGCGCAGGGCUCUCGUUAUGCAGCUCUUCCAUGAACACGGCUUCUUCCCUUCAGCUCAGGCCACUGCAGCCUUCCAGGCACGCUACUCAGACACCUUCCCCACCAAACUGUGUCUGCAGCUGAAGAUCAGGGAGGUGAGGCAGAAGAUCAUGCAGACAGCCACACCUGGAACCCCCGGAAUCUCUGAGCCCGGCGGGUCAACAACAGGGGUCAUGGGUUCAACGGACUCCGCCUCGGCCGCCAUCGGCUCCUCCAAUACCAACACUCGAGAUGGUACAGGAACGGAGCCAGGAGAAAGAGGGCGGAGUCCUGAGGAGCCCAGGAAUGGGGGCAAAUUGUAGGAAUGGAAAGAAAGAGAGGUGGAAAGAAGGAGAAAAGCAAGAGAAUGGAGAAGGUGGAGAGAAAAAGUGUCAAACGAGAGAGAGGGGAGUGUUGUUGUGACCCACAGCAUGUCCUUGUACAUGUAGUAACAGGACAUCAGUUUUACUUCGACACAGUUCUGUACUGGCUGUACCCUCAGCACAUUUGUAGUUUGACACAGAACACUCUGUGGUACACACCAGUGGAGGCUGGUGGGAGAAGCUAUAGGAGGACAGGCUCAUUGUAAUGGCUGGAAUGGAAUCAAUGAUACCGUUCCAUURAUUCCAUUCCAGCCCUUACAAUGAGCCCGUCRUCCUAUAGCUCCCCCCACCAGCCUCCACUGGUACACACAUUCUUACUGUCUCUCUCUCUCUCUCMCGCACACACACCCCACCAACUCAGGCUGUUACUCUUGGGUGGCAGUCACAAGCACUGUCACACAGAAGACGACCGUACACAAUGGCACUUUGUAACAAUUUGUGCGGAUUCAGUUUGCAGCCCUCUGUUGCCAUUGACUUCCCUCCCUCCACUCCUCAGCACAGUGGUUGGGAUGUAUCCAAUGUAACAUCCACUGAAAUUCCACAGCCCCUCUAUGCUGCAACAACAGACAGCACUGAACUGGACACACACUGCACACACACAGUCUGCCAGUCAACUCAACACUCGCCUGACCAAGCCUUUGGCCUGCACAGUUUUUAGAGAUUGGAGAAAGUGAGUCAACCAUUGGCUCCCGAAAAAGGGAGGCUGGACUCAGCGUGACCAUUGACCAAUCCCUGACCCGAUCAGUAAUCAACGUCACAGACAGGCUGAGUUCCWAUUGGCUGGAGAGGAUGUUGUAUAUUGGGGUUUCCCCCCUUGUGGACGCCGUUAUGAGAUAUGAAAUAUGUAAAGAUUGAAGGGUGAUGCGUGACAAAGCAACAAACUCAACAUUGGUUGGCUGUAAACGAGCACAGAGAAAGGCUGAACGAGACAAAUCGUCCAUUCAUUGGUCAACUCAAGAGGCUGCGGAUUCCAUCAAGGAAGCCGGAAGCAGUUGAUGUGACAUGGCUCACUUGGCUCCCAAGUGACAGUUGACAAGCAAAAGUAGAUUUAUAACCAACAUCUAGGAGUCACCCAGUGGAUAUGUUGCUUUAUCUUGUAUUGUUGCAGUGGAAAUAACACGUUUUUUCUGUGGCCUGUUUUCUCUCUUGUGGCUCUCAUUGGUGUUUCUCCAGCAUAAACGUAUAUAAAAGGGGCUUGGAAACAGCCCACGCAACCCCUCUUCUAAAUGUGACUUUGGGCCAUUCCCCCUCUCCCAUAACUGCUCAGUAGACACAUAGAGGAGGGGGCAGGCAGUUCGUUUUUAAACGUUGAAAUCAGGUGUUUGCACAAUGUGUGGUCUUGUGACUGCAAUUUAAAUCAGGAAAGUAUUAUUUUUAGAGAUUGUUUCAUAGAAAUAACCUUGUUGUUCAAUGUUAUCAAUCCCCCUUCUUCCAUUUGGAGCCCCUUUCCCCUUUGCUUCCUUUCCCUGCCCCUCUAACCAAGUGUUGUUAGAAAGUGCCCUUAAGCACUGGUCCAGGGUCAGUUCUGUUACGUAGCUCAGGAUGGCUCUGGUUAGAGUUUAGUUCAGGGAAAACAGAUCCUAGACCAGCCCCGUAGGGCAUUCUCUGGAGCCCUCUCUCUUCCCUCUCUGCCACUUUAUUUUUUCCUUAUUAAAUGGUGCAAUAGGACAUUUGGAAUGGGUGGGUUAUGUGGGUCUGUGCCAUAGAUAUUUACAGUACAGUCAGAAGACCCAUUCUAACAACUAUGGCAUAAGAAGAACUCUCUGAGAUUGCUAUAUUUGAAGAGAUAGAGCAUAGCUAACUAACUAAAGUCAAAGACAUUCAAAUAGCACUUUUUGCCUCUUCACUUGUUUUGGGAAGAGUUGGGGUAGUUAUGGGUGUACCUUUAUUUCUCUGUAUACAGUUGGAUGUGUGAAAAAAAUCUAUAUUUCCAUAUGUGCAUAUAGAUGUUGUGUGUGUGUGUUUGCGCACAUGCAUGUAUGGACUCGGCCAUACCCUGGUUCCUUCACAUACCAUACAAUAAGACAUUAUCAAUCAUAUGUUCUUCACAUAUACCGGAGGCGUUAUUUUUACAGUCACCAGGACUAUUAUAUGCCACCUUGACUGUUAUAUAAUGAGAUAGUCCAAGAUCAAACGCAUAGAAUUUAUCAAAGAUUUGUUAAGUCUUGCAAAGGUGAGGCCUGAAAUGUUUCCAUGAACAUGCAUGUGCGCACGCAAACACACAGACAUACAUACACACACACACACACACAUGUAUGCGUGUACACUGUAUGAUUGUGCUUAAAAUAAACUGUCCAUACUUUGYAGAAGGAAUUUUAGAAUGAGAGAGAUGAGUGUGAGCUCAUAAACAGGCAUGUUGACCAUGUGCAAUAUUUCUAAGCAAAAUAAACAACUAAAUAUUGAAAAUAUUAAAGACCUAACACAAUA